UUCAAGUCGUCUAGCAGUAAGAGUGUGUGUGUUGUGGGGUUAAUGGCCAUCAUGUCAGACGACCCUGAACAUCCCGACGUCUUCCUGCUCACAGACUCCGAACACGGUGAGACUACCUGUCAAUCAAUCACCGACAGCCAGGAGUGUUCAGCCAAACUACACUCAUCUCAACUCCUCAGAUGGUCUGUAUGUUCCUAGAUUAAAACGUGCAGUAUACACCCAUAUUGUACGCAUAUGCAAUCACACACACAUAGGCCUUUAUUUUAACAAACACAAUGGUAAAUCUAAGCGCUGGUGGUAACACUAUAGGUUCAGGGGGUGUCCUAAAUAUUUUUGCUAUUUUCACAACCAGAAUUAUGGGCUGGGUUUUGAUGAAUAAACAAGUUGGUGUGGAGGCGUGACCCCUCACUGGCCAAUCAGAACAUGCUCCAUGGCCAAAUACACUCAGUGGCCAGUUUAUCUAGUACUGGGUCGGACCCCCCUUUGCCUCCAUAACAGCCUGAAUUCUUGGGGGCAUGGAAACGUUGUAGGGAUGAAUAUUUUCCCGGUAUUUUACAAAUGUUCCAUCCCGAGAAUUACUUUUCUCCCAAGUAACCCAGUAUUUCCGGCCAAAACUGGAAGUGUCAUUCUAAAGCAUAUAAACCAUAUAAAUAUGUCUCGAUUUGAUUAGAGCUUUGAUCGGCAUGAAAAUUCAAGCCUGAUGCUACCUGAGCCUGAUGAACCAUACAUUCAAUACAUUUUAUGAGCCCUACAUUAAAGACAUUUUAUGAUCCCAAUCCCCAAAAAGCCUAAAUGUUUGUGCCGUUAUCCAAUACAUAGCCUAUAACAUAUAGGCAAUAAUAAAUAGACUACCGCACAUUACGCAUGAUAGAAAAACAUAAAAGCCCAUAGAUGUAGCUCUGCUCUCUUGGGUAAAUAAAUUAAACAAGCUCCAGUAGGCUAAUAUUUUUGAGUGUGGACUGUAUUACUCUACUGUAUUAUAUGACUGGAAUUACUCACCUCGUUCAAACCAUGGAGCUGGGAGAGAACAUGCGAUGCUGGUGUAGGACAUGCAGCCUACAAAUUACAAAUAUAGGCUAGCAAAUGUGAUUUAAUUUUGAAAUAUAAUUGUUAUAAAUCGUAGGCUGAUGCAUAUGUAGGCUACCUUUCAUAAUAUUUAUCUUAAUGUUGUGCGACGUGCGUAUUAGCCCACCCCCUCUUUCAACAGUGCCACGUUGAAAGUCACUGAGCUCUUCAGUACGGGCCAUUCUACUGCCAAUGUUUGUCUAUGGAGAUUGCAUGGCUGUGUGCUCGAUUUUAUACACCUGUCAGCAACGUGUAUGUAUAAAUAUACACUGUGUAUAUAAUGUAUAUAUGUACAGUGCAUUCGGAAAGUAUUCGGACCCCUUGACUUUUUUCACAUCUUGUUACCUUACAGCCUUAUUCUAAAAUUGAUUAAAUAAAUACAAAUCCUCAUCAAUCUACACCCAAUACCCCAUAAUGACAAAGUGAAAACAGUUUUUUUUUUUAUUUUUGCUAAUUUAUAUAUAUUUUGUAAUCCUUAUUUACAUAAGAUUUCAGACCCUUUGCUAUGAGACUCGAAAUUGAGCUCAGGUGCAUCCUGUUUCCGUUGAUCAUCCUUGAGAUGUUUCUACAACUUGAUUGGAGUCCACCUGUGGUAAAUUCAAGUGAUUGGACAUGAUUUGGAAAGGCACACACCUGUCUAUAUAAGGUCCCACAGUUGACAGUGCAUGUCAGAGCAAAAACCAAUCCAUGAGGUCGAAGGAAUUGUCCGUAGAGCUCCGAGACAGGAUUGUGUCGGGCACAGAUCUGGGAAAGGGUACCAAAAAAUGUCUGCAGCAUUGAAGGUCCCCAAGAACACAGUGGCCUCCAUCAUUCUUAAAUGGAAGAAGUUUGGAACCACCAAGACUCUUCCUAGAGCUGGCCGCCCGGCCAAACUGAGCAAUCGGGGGAGAAGGGCCUUGGUCAGGACCAAGAACCCAAUGGUCACUCCAUUGCUCCAGAGUUCCUCUGUGGAGAUGGGAGAAGCUUCCAGAAGGACAACUGUCUCUGCAGCACUCCACCAUUCAGGCCUUUAUGGUAGAGUGGCCAGACGGAAGCCACUCCUCAGUAAAAGGCACAUGACGGCCCGCUUGGAGUUUGCCAAAAGGCACCUAAAUGACUCUCGGACCAUGAGAAACAAGAUUCUCUGGUCUGAUGAAACCCAGAUUGAACUCUAUGGCCUGAAUGCCAAGCGUCACGUCUGGAGGAAACCAGGCACCGCUCAUCACCUGGCCAAUACCAUCCCUAUGGUGAAGGAUGGUGGUGGCAGCACCUCAGACUUUGAAAAUAGCUGUGCAGCAACGCUCCCCAUCCAACCUGAUCGAGCUUGAGAGGAUCUGCAGAGAAGAAUUGGAGAAACUCCCCAAAUACAGGUGUGCCAAGCUUGUAGCGUUAUACCCAAGGAGACUCGAGGCUGUAAUCACUGCCAAAGGUGCUUCAACAAAGUGCUGAGUAAAGGGUCUGAAUACUUAUGUAAAUGUAAUAUUUCAGUUUUUUAUUUUCUAUAAAUUUGCAAACAUUUCUAAAGUCCUGUUUUUGCUUUGUCAUUAUGGGGUAUUGUGUGUAGAUUGAUGAGGGGUAAAAAAAAAAAACGAUUUAAUCUAUUUUAGAAUAAGGCUGUAACGUAACAAAAUGUGGAAAAAGUGAAGGGGUUUGAAAACUUUCCAAAUUGACUGUAUAUAUCUAUCUCGAUCUUGAACAGGAUUAACUAUUUUGGAUGCAAUUUGAAUGGAAUUGAUGGAGACAGAGGAAGACUGCGAUAGAGUGCUUGCGUAUGCACUGAUUUAAAGCAAUGAUAUUCAAGUGAUAAAACUCUGCAGCUGCAAUAAGAAAAUAAGGUGACCCGGACCCCCAAAAGCCAGAUGGAGAUGUGUAAAUUAGACGUGCAUUCAGUCCUUAUAUUACUGUACCAUAGGCUAUGCUGCAGCAAAUGUAGGCCUACAAGUCACAAGAAAAAAACGUUACCAUGAUGAGAUGAUGCAUGUAUUGUGAACUGCGUUCCUACUGAGUUAUGCAUGGUCUGUCCCCACCCUGAGCGUUGAUGAUUGAUCAUGCAGAGAGAAGGCCAUAGAGAAGCCAGAUUUAGACAUUGCAUAUAAUUUAACAGUUCCAUUUCACUUCAUGCUGUUCAUAUAAGUAAUGUAUUAUUUAUUAUUAUUUACCUGUUUCUCGCAGUUAUUUAUCCCAGGGAAAGGGAGUGGGUUUGGUGGGAAAUCUCACUAAAUCUUGGUAACCUGUUUCCCGUUAUUCAACCCUAGUAUCAAACGUUGUUAAUAAGCAAGAUUAUAUUCACUAUUGAUAAGACCUAAAAAGACAGUGAAUAAUUCUAAUAAAAUAAAACCACAACUUGUUCUAAAUAGGCUAUGUCUAAAUACAGUUACAGACACCAUAAUUGCUCCCCGUGGGCUUAUAAUAUUAGGCCUAAGACAACGUAGACUAUGGGUGGUUUUACUCGCAUCCAAACUUUUCACAGGAGCUGGGAAAAAGAUUCAAUAUAAAGAGAAAGGUGGGAUGUCCACUCACCGUUACUGCUCCCAAAUAUAUACAGUAUAUAGCUAUAGCCUACCAUCGCCGUUGAUUUGGCCUACAAGCGGAUUCAGCACCACGGACAGCGAUCGGAAUUCCCGUGAUUUGACAGUUAGGGCUAACGGAGAAAAGUGGAAGAUUCAUUUUUUUGACAAAAUUAUCAACAAAAAAAAUUUGGUAUUUUUAAAUAACUAUGUUCCUAAACAGGCUUCCUACGGUCACUGACACCUUUCAUGCAAUGGGCACUGCACAUAAUGAGUCCAAAGGGGAAUGUCUGACUGUUUUGCUGCUUGUAAAAUGUGUAUAUAACAAUGCUGAUAAGGCUCCUGUGUGCAUCUCUGUGUGCGCCGCCUCUGGCAAAUCAAUGCCAUAACCAAUUGCGCUACCGCUAAGACCAGCACACACACACACACAGGUUCCUGUCUGUCUGACCCAGCAGUAACACUGUCUGUUAUGUGGACUGCUUGCCUGUCAUAUCUGACUGUCUCUGUAUUUAUCGCUCUCUACUCACACACACACAUGCACGCAGUCUCUGUUCUCAUAUGUUCUACAUUGAGGCAGCUUCCUGCUGUACACAGAUGGGGAUGGGAGAGUCGAGUACUGUAACUGUACACGACUGGACUUAGAUUGGGCUGAUAGUCACUGGGCUGAAUCUCAGUUUUCUGCUACAGGGACAUCUUGUGAUGGUGUGUCUCUGUGAUUCCUAGGUAACACAUAUAAAUACCAGGCAGGGAACAAAAUGAACGCCCUGCUGUGGUUCAAACACCUCAGUGCUGCCUGCCAGAGCAACAGACAACAGGUAACACUCACUCACACACACUCACACUCACACACACACACUCACACCAACCAGCCCUCAUGCCUUUUUCUCUCUCUCUCCAGGUCCCAGCCAAUCUGAUGUCCUUUGAAUGA